GACACUCUCCAGUUCAAACUGAACUGGAGGAGAUCCUGUUCCUUCCAAUUAGACUAACUGAAGUGCAGAUGAUUCAAAUACCUAGAAACAAGUCUAGGACUCUAGCUUCUCCAGUCCAGCGUACACGUUUCUGCACCUUACCAGUCACCAUACACGUUGCAGCUAGCCUUUCUCCUUCUCGCCACGUUUCAACCCUCUCCUCACACGGCUGCGAUGCACCAAAUUCCUGCAGAAUUAAGCCACCAAGCUGUCCUCUCCUCUUCUCCUUUAAUACACUCCUCUUUUCUCCUCUCUAGUAAGCAGAGUGAAGCAUUCGGUUAAGGGAGAAAGACCGAAUCCAUCAUCCCCUCCUCACAGCAGAUGGCCAGGUUCUUUUAGUGGAUGGCGGAGAUCUCCCUAGAGCGAUAGAGCAUAGACCGGAUCGACCCUUUUGUAUGUUGUACAGUGGCAACACUUUGGUUUAUUCCCUAGCAUAGGAAUAGAUAGAUAAUGGGCUUCAUUGCUUCCCUUUCUAGAGCCAAGUCCGCUGUGAAGCCCCACGCCAUUCUUCGCUACAUGAGCAAUGUCCCCGAGAGCACCGUCUACGGCGGCCCAAAGCCCCAGAAUCCCAACCAAAGAGUGACGCUGACCCACUUGAAGCAAAAGCACCGCAAGGGCGAGCCCAUAACGGUCGUGACCGCCUACGAUUACCCGUCAGCAGUGCACCUAGACUCCGCAGGCAUCGACGUGUGCCUUGUCGGUGACUCGGCGUCCAUGGUCGUGCACGGCCACGACACCACCCUCCCUAUCUCACUCGACGAGAUGCUUGUUCAUUGCCGCGCCGUGGCGCGUGGCGCCACUCGCCCGCUUCUCAUCGGGGACUUGCCGUUUGGGACCUACGAAUCCAGCACCAGUCAGGCAGUUGAUACAGCGGUGAGGGUUUUGAAGGAAGGAGGAAUGGAUGCGAUAAAAUUGGAAGGAGGGUCGCCUUCGAGAAUUACUGCAGCGAGAGCUAUCGUUGAAGCUGGAAUUGCAGUGAUGGGGCAUGUGGGACUCACCCCUCAGGCCAUUAGUGUUCUUGGGGGAUUCAGGCCUCAAGGCAAGAAUCUUGCUAGUGCUGUCAAGGUUGUGAAGACUGCGCUGGCUUUGCAAGAAGUGGGGUGUUUUUCUGUUGUUCUAGAAUGUGUGCCUCCACCGGUGGCUGCUGCAGCCACAUCAGCUCUUCAAAUUCCUACCAUUGGUAUAGGGGCUGGACCUUUUUGCAGCGGGCAGGUUCUAGUUUACCAUGAUUUGCUUGGAAUGCUUCAGCAUCCCCAUCAUGCCAAGGUUACGCCGAAGUUCUGUAAGCAGUAUGCACAUGUGGGAGAUGUCAUCAACAAAGCUCUAUUGGAGUACAAGGAAGAAGUCACAAAUGGUUCAUUUCCCGGUCCUGCCCAUAGCCCGUAUAAAAUCGGUGCCAGUGAUGUUGAUGGUUUCUUAAAUGAGCUGCAGAAGUUAGGUUUGGACAAGGCAGCAGCUGCAGCAGCUGAAGCAGCUGAGAAGAUUGGCACUGCUUAAUCCUGUUUUGGUAAAAUGCCCAAGUAAUUUUCAGACAAUUCUACCGGCAGCCUUCUUCGGUGGUGGGGUUUUAAUUUGAUUCACUUUUUUUAUGUUUUGCCACUUCUUUAACUGAUGAAAAUGAUGAGUGAGUAAUAUCAUUUUUGCAGCCGUUAAA